AUGCCCAAGACUGGCAUCAAACAAGCCCAACCAGCAGGCGACAAGCCAGCUCGAGAGGGGGAACAAAAAUCACCUCACAUCAGAUUAGUGGACCUCGUUACCUGUUUCACCGAAGAGGGAGGAAGGAGUCUCUUGCCAUCAUCCAAAUCAGGAAAUUGGGUUAACGUAAAUAUUCCUCCAAAUGGUUAUAUUGUUCUUGUUGGUGACAUGUUGAAGGCAUGGAGCAAUGGGAGACUCCAAGCACCAACACAUAGAGUGGCGACAAGAGGAGACAAAGAGAGAUUGGCAUUUAUUCUUUUUGCUGUGCCAAAGCAGGAUACACUUAUUAAGGUGCCCUCUGAAUUGGUAGAUGAAGAUCACCCUCUUCGUUACAAGCCCUUCAAGUAUGAGGACUUCAUAGAUUUUCAUUAUACAACUCGCACCGAAAAGGGAGUACUUGAACAACUUGCUGGAAUUUGA